AUGAGUGAACCCACAAGACUUCCCAUCGUAAAAAUUGCAGCAGCAUCUGCUGCCCUUGCUGCAACAGCGACUUUUGCUUAUUAUAUGCUACGAAAGGUAUGUUUUUCACUAUUUUUUGAUAUUUUACGUUUAGAGAAACACUGAGACUGCCCAAGCAGCUGCAUUACGACCUCUGGAUCCUAACCUAACGCCAUUCGAACGUGCUAAGCAGCUAAAAGAACGUGGAAAUGCGCUGUUUUCGAAACAAAACUACCAAGAAGCCAAGAAGUUGUUUGAUGAAAGUGUUGAAGUCCUUAAAACAUGCACAAUGACGCCUGAUCAACAGCAAUUACUGUCCACAGUGUAUAAUAAUCUAUCAGCGACGUCUGAGUUUCAAAACGACUUGGAAGGAGCGUUGGAUUACACGAAGAAAGCGUUGGAUAUUAACAAAGACUACACCAAGGUCUACCUGAGAAGAGCUCGGAUCCAUAGAAAGCUGAAGAAACUGGAUCAAGCUGUAUUAGAUGGUGGAUAUUGUUUGAGAUUGCUUCAGGGAACAUCAGAUAAGGCUUUGGAGAAGGUUAAUCGAGAGUUUUUGGAGGAUUUGAGCGCUUUAACAGCGAAGAACAUUGAUAGCAUGUUCAAGGUGAGUAUGGUUUUGAAAUUAUGUCAUAACUUUAUGAUAGGAGAAGAUCAAAAGCUACUAUUUUGAGAAAGUUUUUACGGUGUAUUUAGCUAUGUUUUCACAAAGUUUCACAUUUUUAAAGAUAUGGCAAUAUAUUACACUGCAUGUUUAAUAUUGAGGUUUUGCUUUGAUUUUACGUUUUAUUGCUGUUUUAUAGACUUCUUUUAAUAAGCCAACACCGGUUUUAAUUUAUAAUGAUAUCACGUUACAGAAAUUCUUCUUGACCGGUCAAUUUUUGCCGAUUUCUCGUUUAUCAGUCGAAGAAUGGACCCAGAAGCUGGCGAUUCAUGAUCCUCUACUGGAACGACUGGAUAAUAUUAAGGACGAAGCGACGUAUUUGAACAAUAUGGAUCAAGCUCUUCAGCUAUUUAUUGAACAAGAUUAUAUUAAGGCGUUGGAACAGGCUGUUCACGGAGCUUUGAAUAAGGAAUUAUCGGUCCAGGAUCAGCUCUUGUGUCGAUUAUUUGCUGCUCGGAUCUAUCUUUUCGCUGGUUUAUACAAAGAAGUUCAGUUUAUGACUGUCAAUUUCACUGCUUUAUGGGAUAAACAAUGUAAGUUUUGCUUUUUAUGGGUUUUUGUGGUUUUAUGGGGAACUGGAUGUUGAGGCUUAGAUGUUGAGUUCAAGUGGAUAUAAAAAAGGAAACGAGUUUAAUGUUGAUAAAACAAAUUAAUUGAAGUUAAAUGGACAUAAGAAUGAUCAUUAAAACCGAAAAAUUGCAAAUUUAAGUCAAUAACAACUAGAAAUGGCUUUUUGGUACUAAUUACAAUAUAUCUUUUCAGCAAACGAAUGGCAAGCUGAGCACCGUCACUUACUGUUAGCCUUCUGGGCAUUAGAUGUAUACCUAGACCCAAUCGACACUACAGAAGCCAAACUUCUUCAGAAUUCCGAACUUCUCAAGAACAACGUUGAUCCUCUUGUUGUACUAGCCAAUCAUUGCAGUAGAUGGGGAGAUUAUCAAAAGUCCAUCACUUUGAUCAGACUGGCAAAAACAUUGGAGCCGGAUCAUCCGGAUUUGGAAUUCCACGAACUUUCUUAUCAGUACUAUAAUGCUGGCAAGAAUCAGGACAUGUCCGGUAUUCACACGGCUUGUGCUGCCAUCGACAGAUACAUGCAAUCACAUGAUCUCAACGCCUUCAAAACACUCACUGUUGCUAAAGUAAGUAAAGGUUUUUGAUUUCUGGGCCGAAGAGUUAUUAUAAAUGGUUUUUUAAGUUGAAAAUUAUAUUGUUUUAGGUGGAGAAACUAAUAAAAAUGACAUUUUUUGAAGUUAAAGUUGAUCUCAUGAAUAAUAUAUUUAAUUUUUAGGUAUUUGCCUCCUUGUCCAACCUCGAUUUGGCUCUAGAAACGUUGGAAAAGAACAAGGCCGUAGCUGACAAGUCAAUUUCUUAUCAGUUAUUGCAUUUGUAAGUUACAAAAAUUGGUUUUAGGCUUAAAAAUUAAGUUUUUAGACGUUUUCUUAGGUUUAAAAUAUGGUUUUUGGUUAUUAAAAGAUAGUUCUUGGCUUUGCAUUUACGUUUUUUAGCACGAAAAGUUAAUUUUGAAGUUUAAAAUGAUGCUUUUUACAAAGUAAACUUAAUUUUUUAGACUCAAAAUGAAGUUUUUUGGCAGUAAACGCUCUUUUUGGAGCUUAAAAUUGAUGAAAAUAGCCUUACAACCCUUUAAAAUCGAUAGAGAAUCAAAUUCUUAAAAAUUGAGAUUUGUCAUUAUUGUGCCAUUAUCAUCUAUCUAAUUUAUCUAAGAAUUCAAUGACAAUAUACAUUUCGAACUUUUAGGUUAUGUUACACAGAGAAAAACGUCGCCAAUCCCGAAAUCAUGCGCACAUUCCAAGACAAUUUGGCCGAUUUAUCGAGAAAAGACCCCAAUAACCAUGAACUGUUGGCACUUUUGUCACGACACAUGGGAGAACGGUGAGGCUUGAUCAAUUUUAAAAGGGGUUUUGUUGGUUUUGGCAAUAUUUUUGGGUUUUAAGGCGGGACAAAAGUUUUGUCGCCUUUUUACAUUGAUUUUCACGAAGAAAAACGACAAGACUUUCUUCUAAGUAUUUUUGUUUUAAAAUUGGUACUGUGAACACGAAUGUUACUAGUAGUGUUAUGAAAAAGUAUUGUCGUCCAUUUACAGUCACUCACACAGUAAAAAACGACAAGACUUUUUAACCCAAUAUUAUCUUCAAAACUUGCUUAUAUUAACCACGUUUGCAGUAAAAAGUACCUAGAAUCGGCUGAACUAGCGUUGCAAGCACUUCGAGGAGUACGAUUCAUUCAAGAAUUCACCAUCAGAUAUCAAGAUGUUUUGGCAGCGUUCGCGUUUGCUGGUCUACCGCUUCCGCACGAAGACUUUCCACCUUAUGCAGGACCAGACCACAUCAAAGUGACAUCGGAGGAGUGGUCAAAGAAGUUUGAAGCUGAUAAUGUGGCUUGA